AUGCACGCAGUGACUCUUGGUACCGUGGGAGGCGAGGCAACGGAGACUCAGAAUGCUGGAAUCAUGGCAGAAGAGGAGUCAGUGAAACUAUAUAUAGAUUUAUUACGUGAUGGCCUAAGACCAGAUCAAUUUACAAUAGCAAGUGUUUUAAGAGCUUGCUCAUCUCUUAAAGAAGGCUUGUAUCUCUGUAAACAGGUUCACGUUCAUGCAGCAAAAACUGGAAUCAUCACUGACAGUUUUGUUUAUACUGCCCUUAUUGAGUAUUGUAGAAGUGGAAAUAUGGAGGAGGCAGAGUUUCUUUUUGAAAACAAAGGUGAAAUUGAUUUUGCAUCUUGGAAUGCAAUGAUGUUUGGGUACGUAAUGAAUAAUGAGAGUCAGAAAGCAUUGGAACUCUUCAGUCUGAUUCAUGAAACUGGAGAGAAGGCAGAUCCAAUUACUUUGGCAACGGCGGCUAAAGCCUGUUGUUGCUUGGUUGGGUUAGAGCAGGGGAAACAAAUUCAUGCUUAUGCAAUAAAAACCAGGUUUGACAUAGAUUUAUGCGUUAGCAGUGGUAUCCUAGAUAUGUAUAUUAAAUGUGGAGACAUGGAAAGUGCACACGUGGUUUUCACCCAAAUCCCUGUGCCUGAUGACGUUGCAUGGACAACUAUGAUCUCAGGAUGUGUGGAAAAUGGAGAUGAGGACCGUGCUCUUUCCAUGUAUCCUCAGAUGAGACUUUCAGGGGUGCAGCCUGAUGAAUACACGUUUGCCACCCUUGUCAAAGCCACCUCUUGUCUCACAGCAUUGGAACAAGGGAGACAAGUUCACGCAAAUGUUAUAAAGUCGGACUAUACUGUAGAUCCUUUUGUCGGGACCUCACUUAUUGACAUGUAUGCCAAGUGUGGGAACAUUGGGGAUGCAUAUCUUUUAUUCCAGAGGAUGAACAUUAGGAACAUUGCUCUGUGGAAUGCUAUGUUGGUUGGUUUAGCUCAACAUGGAAAUGCCAAAGAAGCCCUCAACCUUUUUGAAACUAUGGAAUCUAAUGGUAUUGAGCCAGAUAAAGUAACCUUUAUUGGAGUACUUUCUGCUUGUAGCCAUUCUGGUUUAAUUUCUGAAGCCUACAAGUAUUUUGAUUCAAUGAGAAAAAAUUACUGCAUUAAGCCCGAGAUCGAGCACUACUCUUGUCUAGUUGAUGCGCUAGGCCGGGCAGGGCAUGUUCAAGAGGCAGAAAAGUUGAUUGUAUCAAUGCCCUUUGAAGCUUCUGCCUCAAUGUAUAGAGCUCUGCUUGGUGCUUGUAGGAUUCAAGGGAACACAGAUACUGGAAAACGUGUGGCAGAACAGCUAUUGGCAUUGGAGCCAUCUGAUUCGGCAGCUUAUGUUCUCUUAUCCAAUAUCUAUGCUGCUGCAAACCAAUGGGAUGGUGUAACUGAUGCUCGGAAAACAAUGGAGAGGAAAAAAGUAAAGAAGGAUCCGGGUUUCAGCUGGAUAGAUGUGAAGAAUAGGGUGCACUUGUUUGUGGUGGAUGAUAGGGACCAUCCACAAACUGAUUUGAUAUAUGAUAAGGUGGAGGAUGUGAUAAAAAGGAUCAGAGAAGAAGGAUAUGUCCCUGAUACCGACUUUAUGCUGCUUGAUAUGGAAGAAGAGGAAAAAGAACGUGCCCUUUAUUACCAUAGUGAGAAGCUAGCUAUAGCUUAUGGACUCAUAAGCACUCCUCCAUCCUCUACUAUUAGAGUAAUUAAAAACCUUAGAGUUUGUGGAGAUUGCCAUAGUGCAAUCAAGUAUAUCUCAAAGGUUUAUCAGCGAGAAAUUGUGUUGAGAGAUGCAAAUCGGUGUUUCGGAGAUGGAAUCUGCACUUGUGGUGAUUACUGGUGAUGUUGAAUAGAUCUUAUUGUUUUUCUCUCAACUAAUUCCAACC